AUGGCAGAAGGAGGAUUUAAUAUGCAACCACGCAAUAAUUAUCCUGAUCGAAUGCAGCAAUCACAGCAAAGCGCGUCAGCCGGUGAAGAAGAGCUAGCAACUAGAACGCUUCAUAUCCAAUCAAAACGAUUCUAUUUGGAUGUGAAACAAAAUCGACGUGGUCGAUUUAUUAAAAUUGCUGAAGUUAGUGCUGGAGGUCGAAAAAGUCGUAUAUUAAUGUCAAUGAAUGUUGCAAGCGAAUUACGUGACCAUUUAGAAGCGUUUAAUGAACACAUUCGUACAUUAGGUGAACAUAAUCCUAAUAAUCAGCAAUUACCAGAUGAGGGUCGUCUUCGUUCAGCACUUAUAACGCGUGAUGAUCGAAAAUAUUAUCUCGAUUUGAAAGAAAAUGAACGUGGAAGAUUUCUGCGUAUUUCAAUGGUUGGCAUCAAUUCACCCCGUACGCAAAUUGCAUUACCUGCGCAAGGUGUAGAAGAAUUACGAAAUACGUUAAGUAAUUUAAUUGAAGAGUUCGGAAAUGAAGAUGACAAAGAUAGUAUCGAGUCACUACCAGCAAUAGAAGCAUCUAAAUUACCUAAAAGUAAAUUUGUGCAUGUUGGAAACAAAAACUUUUAUUUUGAUACUGGUUCAAAUAAUCGCGGCGUAUUUUUACGUAUAUCUGAAGUUCGUGCCAAUUUACGAGCAGCUAUAACAAUACCAGAAAAAUCAUGGCCUUAUUUUCGCGAUAAUAUUAAUGAAUUUAUUAUUGCAAUGGAAAAAGAACGUAACAGUGAUGUAUUAGCAGAAGAUAAUUCUCCAUUAAAUACUGAUAAUGAAGAUAAAUCACCAGUUCCGCACAGCAAUCUUAGUGAAAAUAAAUAA